CCCCCUCUACCAUUGAAGAAGCUAGAGAAAUCUCAAAAAAUUAAAAAAAAAAAAUCUAUCACCGUUUCUGUGUCUAAUAACAAAUUUUUUAUUUUUUUUCAAAAAAAAAAAAAGAUGGAGGUAGAAUCUCGAGUCCAUGACAUUGCUUUACUUUCAAAAGAAACCAUCCCAGAAGAAUACAUUCGGUUAAAAGAUGAGCAACCAGGAAUCACAACCGUCCAAGGGAAAACCCUGGAGGUACCAGUCAUUGAUUUCGGGGACCCGGAUCACGAAAAUGUGAUCCGGCAAGUCGUGGAGGCGAGCCGGGAAUGGGGAAUGUUCCAAAUUGUGAACCAUGAAAUUCCAUACGACAUCAUCAGAAAACUGCAGCAAGUUGGCAAAGAAUUUUUCGAGCUACCAAGUGAAGAGAAAGAGGUGUAUGCCAAGCCACCAGAUUCUAACUCCGUGGAAGGUUAUGGUACAAAGCUUCAAAAAGAGGUUGAGGGAAAGAAAGGAUGGGUUGACCAUCUUUUUCAUAGGAUUUGGCCUCCUUCUGCUAUUAAUUACAAGUUCUGGCCCAAAAAUCCACCUUCUUACAGGGAGACGAACGAGGAGUAUGCAAAGCACAUGCAUGGGGUUGUAGAGAAAUUGUUCAAAAGCCUAUCGGUGGGAGUAGGGCUUGAAAAAGACGAGCUGAGGAAGGCAGCUGGAGGAGAUGAGCUUGUAUACCUCUUGAAGAUCAAUUACUAUCCGCCAUGUCCACGUCCUAAUCUUGCUCUCGGGGUUGUGGCUCACACUGAUAUGAGCUUUAUCACCAUUCUUGUCCCCAAUGAUGUUCAAGGCCUCCAAGCCUUUAGAGAUGGCCAUUGGUAUGAUGUUAAAUACAUUCCUAAUGCCCUCGUCAUUCAUAUUGGUGACCAAAUGGAGAUAAUUAGCAACGGGAAGUACAAGAGUGUGCUGCACAGGACCACCGUGAACAAAGAGCAGACAAGAAUGUCAUGGCCAGUUUUCUUGGAGCCUCCGGCGGAUUUCGAAGUCGGACCUCAUCCCAAGCUCGUUAAUGACCAAAACCCACCCAAAUUCAAGACCAAGAAGUACUCUGAUUUUGUUUAUUGCAAGCUCAACAAGAUUCCCCAGUGAUAUAUAUAUAUAUCCGUUUUACUGCGCAAUGUAGCUGCAAUAGCCUAGAGUGGUUUAAUGAACUAGAUACGAGAAUUAAUAAGAUUCUCUAGUAAUCUAGAGAGGUUUCCACUCCAAAGAUUCUUUUGGAAUUCUGUGUUUUCUACAAGUGUUUUUUUUUUUUUUUUUUUUUUUUUUUUUUUGGUUGUUGUUGGUAUUGUAUUAUCUUUGGCACAUGUUUCAUGUUAGGUCACUUCACAUGUGGAGUUGCCACCCGUAUUUUACCAUAUUCCAAUAAUAAGAAAAAAUGACCAUGAUUUGGAUUUGUGUC